AUGUCCAUCAUGUCGUCUGCACGAGACCCUCGCAAGGUUUACAUCAUUGGUGUUGGAAUGUCGGCAUUCGAGAAGCCUGGACGUAGAAAAGAUUUCGGAUACGCCGAACACACAUUGGAAGCUGCUACCCGAGCUCUCAUCGAUGCUGGAAUCAACUACGAUGAAGUCGAAACUGCUACCGUUGGUUACACUGCUGCCGACUCUACAGCCGGUCAAAGAUGUCUCUACCAAUUGGGAUUGACUCAAAUCCCAAUUAUAAACGUCAUCAACGCCUGUUCCACUGGUUCAACUGCCUUGUUCUUUGCAAGACAGGCCGUCGCUACUGGUGCCGUCGAGUGUGCUUUGGCUCUUGGUUUCGAGCAAAUGAAGUCCGGAUCAUUGGUCGGAAACUACAAUGACAGAACUUCCAGUUUGGGUUUCGCUAUGCCCAUCUUGAACGAACUUCAACCUAUGACCAACGCUCCACGAAACCCUCAGAUUUUCGCUGCUGCAUCUACUGAAUACAUCAACAACCACCCACAAUUCAACAACAACCAUCAUUUGGAUAUGAUUGCUCAAAAGAAUCACGCUCACUCGACUCUGAACCCAUACUCUCAAUUCAAAGACCUGUACACACUUGAACAAGUACAUGACGCACGUACCAUCUACGGUCCCUUGACCUUGUUGCACUGCUCACCAACCUCAGACGGUGCUGGAUGUGUCAUUGUCGCAUCAGAAGACUUUGUCAAGAAGCACCACCUCGAACCUCAAGCAAUUGAAAUCAUGGCUCAAGUUAUGGCUACUGACUCUAUCCGUUCAUUCGCUGUCGCCGGAAGCCCCAAAUCAGCUAUCGGAAUUGCUGGUGGUGAUAUGACCAAGAAGGCUGCCUCUGAAGCAUACAAGUUGGCCAAGAUCACUCCCAAGGAUGUCGAUGUUUGUGAAUUACAUGACUGCUUCUCAUCAAACGAGCUCAUCACCUAUGAUGCUCUUGGAUUGUGUGAGCCAGGACAUGCUGGUGAAUGGUUGGCUUCUGGUGCUCCAUACCACCCAAGCUUUGCUCCAGCUGGAGCAAAACCAGCUCGACGAACUCCAGUUAACCUGUCUGGUGGUUUGAUUUCAAAGGGACAUCCUCUUGGUGCCACCGGUUUAGCCCAAUGCACUGAAUUGACCUGGCAAUUACGAGGCUGGGCCGGCAAGAGGCAAGUCGAAAACGUCAAGAUCGCGUUACAACACAAUGUUGGUCUUGGUGGUGCUGUAGUUGUCGGUGUUUACCGAAAGGCAUUCCCCAAUGCAUCAACUGCUGGAUGGACAGAUCCUCGUGUUAGACACGGCUUCAACCCAGCUGUUGAACAUCGACCCAUCACCAUGGCUGAAGUAAACACAGUCAAGUCAAAGGGAGGUUCAUUGCUUGAUGCUGCUAAAGGUUUUGGUGCUGCCAAUGUCCCAGCAAACCUUUAA